AAUAGUGAUCUUGAUCGACGGAGGAGAAGCGACGGGAAAGGCGCAUAACAAGGAGUGAGAGAGAAGAAAAGAAGAAAGCAAGAGACAGAGAAACGCUGGAGGCUCCGAGAAAAGCUCCCCCUCUCUCUGGAAUGAAGUGGAGUGUCUCAGUGACUUGAGUCUCGCUUCCCGAGGUCGCUGUCGAGUUCCCAAACAGUGUGAAGCAAAAAAAAAAAAAAAAAAGAGACAAAGAAAACUUACAAUCUCCACUGUCCAAGGAGAUCACGCAGCUAAACUUAACUUCGUUUCUCUACUCUCUUCUAUCUAUCGCUUUCGGAUCUCUAACUUAUUAAAAGGGUUCUCCAUUUUAAGUAGUAUUUGAACCCGAAACAGCUACGUACGUUGGUUUGCUGAGGUGUUUGUGGAUGCGAGUUAUUGUUCUGAGAUCGGUUAAUGGAUCCGCCGGUGUCGCUGGUGAAUGAAUGCUCGUACUCCAACGGCAAUGCGACGUCGUAUAAUCUCUCGGAGAUCUGGCAGUUCCCGAUGAACAGCGCCGGCGCCGGCAUGGGAGGGGGACUGGGGCUGCGGAGGCCGAGUUUCGGGCAGUUUGGGGACGUUUCGGGGGCGAUUCGGGACGUUUUGGGCGGUGGUGAUCCGAGUCCGAUGAGUUUGGACCACCGAGCGAGGAAGAGGCGCGAUGCUGAGGAUGAGUCGUCGCCGAAAAGCAGCGGCAAUAUUGGCGCGAACGGUUGUGAUGGGAAACGGCUUAAAACAGCGGGAAGGUGUGGAGAUGAGAAUCUUGAGGCCAAAGCUGAGGCGGAAACGAGUUCAGGGAAGCCUGUGGAGCAGAACACUCAGCCGCCGGAUCCACCUAAGCAGGACUAUAUCCAUGUACGAGCAAGAAGGGGUCAAGCUACUGAUAGUCACAGUCUUGCAGAAAGAGCUAGAAGAGAAAAGAUUAGCGAAAGGAUGAAAAUUCUCCAAGAUCUGGUCCCUGGUUGUAAUAAGGUUAUUGGGAAAGCACUGGUCCUUGAUGAGAUAAUUAAUUAUAUCCAAUCAUUGCAGCGUCAAGUGGAGUUCCUGUCUAUGAAGCUUGAAGCAGUUAAUACAAGAAUGACUCCUGCCAUCGAGGUGUUUCCUUCUAAAGAAAUCAAAUUAUCAUCUCAGUUUGGUCAGCAGACAUUCGACACUGCUGCAAUGGCAUUCGGUACACAACCUCCAAGGGAAUAUAGCCGUGGAUCUUCACCAGAAUGGUUACAUAUGCAAGUUGGUGGCGGUUUUGAAAGAACAACAUAGCCCAGAAAAAUCCUCUUCAACUGGGAAUAAAAGUAUCAAGACAAUUCUUCCUACUUCAGUAGCUGUCAAAGAAAGUAUACCAUGAUAUGUCAAAUCAAUGCAAGACCUUAUUUUCAUUUUCUACAUCAGGCAUGGAGUUAUGAUACUGUCUACAGAUCUGCUUAAGUUGGUAACUGAACUUCUCCAUUUGUUUGUGUGUUGGGAAAAUGAACUGUUUAACUUUAUAUAUAUAGCGAGCUACACAUUCUUCUCCAUAUAAAUACGCAAACAACCACAGGGAAUGAGUACUGUUCUUGUAAAAGUAUGUUGCUUGUUCCAUAUUUCUGAUGCUCACAUCUUGUGUAAACAUUGUUUUAACAUUGAUUGGUUAUCAAGCUGGAACCACGAUAAAUAAA